UAUAUACAUCAUGCUCCUGUUUUGCUUCACAAGCACCCAUUCAUAGACAGAUGUAGCUUAGCUUGUUUAAGAAGUUAAAUGAUUAUCAUAACUUGCUUUAUUCCUCAGUUGGGUGAACAGCGAAUUUCUGCAGUGUCAAGAGCACAGUAAAGCCCUUACAAGCUGAGAAAUCCAAGAACUCAAACAUGAAGGCCAGGAAACAGAACACAGCAUUGACAUCUUCUAAAAUGGGCCCUCACUCAAGGAAUCACUUUGAAAGAUCAACCACUCUAAAGUCAAAUUCACUGGAGCAGAUCAUCGUAAGAUCGAAGCAAGGAGAGGAGGGGACAGAACCAAGAAGACCAAGUGGAGAUGAAAUGAGGCAACAAAUGUUGGAAAGCGAUAUUAAAGACCAGCAAGGCAUGUCAAUCAUAAAACUUGAGCGGCAGGUUCCAACUAAAGCUAAUGUUGUCAAGGAGGAUAGAUGGAGGUACAGAAGGGACCAAGAAGAUGAGGUUAAGGACUUGAAAACCAUGAUUCUUGGUGCCAAGUCACAAGCGCUUCGAGACAAUCAGGUCCGAGAGAAAGAAAAAAGCAUGGCCAACAUGAAAAAAAGGGAUAAAGCUCUGGAAACUGCGAUGGUUGAACUGGACCGUAAAGCAUACAAUGACAUGAUGCAGAGAGCACAGCGCCAUAAACGAUAUAGGUUUAGGGAAAUGGAGCAAAUACAUGAACAGAUCGAGGAACGCCAACAGCAGAAGACAAUGGAACGGUACUUAACCAAGAAAGAAAAAUGGUACAUCCAAGAAACCUAUGAAAGGAAAGCUGAGGAGGCUCGUAAGGCACAGGAGAAAAAAAAGGAGGAUGAACGCCUGCUUUGUUUAGAGAUGGUGAGCUACAACAACACGAUAGUACAAGCCAGGGAGAAGAAAGAACAGGAAAGAAAGCAAGCUGAACUAGAGGAAAGAGAAUGGAUUAAGCAGAAACUGGUAGAGGAGGCAGCCUAUGAGGAAGAGCAGAAGCGAAUGCGGAGAGAGAAAGCAAUACAAUCUGCCAAGGAACUGGCACAACAUCAAGCAGCUAAAGAUAAACAAGCUCAACAGGACGAGCAACGUGCCCGACGAAUUCAAGAAAAGGAGUUUGAAGAAUGGGAGAGGAAGGAGAAGAUGCUGGCAGCCAAGAGGAAGCAGGCUGUGCUGGAUUUACAGAUUGCACGCGAGGAGCAGAUUCUGAACAAAGAUCACCAGCGUUGCAUGGAAUUGAAUGACAAAAAAACAGAGUUUGAAAGGCUUCUAAAAAUACAAGAGGAAGCAAGGAGAAAAGCGAAGGAGGAUAAAGAAACAUAUCGAGAGAAAAUGCGUAAUUUCACAAAGGAUGUUGGACAGCAGGUGAAGGAGCACGAGUUCAAGGCUUUCAUGGAGAACUGUAAGAUCUCCAAAGAGAAUGAACUGAAAAACAUUGAGGCUGAGGAUACACGUCAGCGCUUGGAUGAGUUCAAGAAGGCGGAGCUGAGGGAUUUCAGAGCAAUGGGAUAUCCUGAGAAGUACUCAAAUUACCUGGAAAAGAAGAUACGAUAGGAAAUUAUGAGCAAAAGUUUUUCAAGGUGAGCUACAACUUGCAGUCUUUUGAAUCUUAAUAAUAAUAAUAAUAAUAACUAGAUCCUGGCACUGCCUUGUUGAUACCAACAAAUAAACUAAGGAAGUUGGAUUUCAAAGGAAACCAUCGCAUAUGAAUAAAAAUCAGGUGAACAUGCAUACAUGAAACUUCCGUUGAUCAUAGCAGGCACAUAAUAUAAAUAUACAUUAUAUGUAAAAAUACUUAGCAGAAUCACAGCAAAACAACAUGGCCCCAUCCCUGAAAGGCAAGGGCUUGAACAAGCAAGACCAUUCCAAAGAAAAGGGCAACAAUCUGAGGCAGCUAACUUUGAAACAACCCCUGUAUGUACCUGCGACGGCAGAUGUUAGCAUGCUUGACUUGAGUGAAUCUAAGAUACUAGACAAGCUCAAGAAACAGAGAAAAGACCACCAAAAGGGCCACAUGCAAAACCUACUAUCUUUAACUAGACUGAGAGAUGACAGACCCACACAGGCAGAGAGCCGGGUAAGCACUAAUGAAGACACUGCGUUGCGCCAUGAGCAGGCCCUCAAGUAUCUGCAGCACAGGGAAAUGCACUAAACAGCGCAGUGCCUGGACAUGCAAAAUAGACUUUGGAGAAACAACAUGAGGACUUAUUGAAUGCCGGAGGAGAGCGAAGGAAGAGAUAUUAAAGUUUUUGUUCAAGAACUGUUAAAAUCUGUUCUUCAACUUGACCUCUUUCUUCGACCUGACCUCAACAUCAACAAUAAGAGAGAGCACAGAGCCCUCACUAUGACGUCCAGGAACCCUCAUUCUGCCCUGUGCAAUCAAGUUUCUGGAUUAUUCUGUGAAAAGCAUGGGAGCAGAAAAGAGUCACCUAUGACGAGCAGAUAUACUUUGACCAUGACUUUUCUCCUGAAGUGCAGGAAGAUAGUGCGCGAUGCAGUGAAGCAGUUGAAAAUAAGGAAUAUCAGAGGAGUGUAUUUUCCCUGCACAGCUCAGACAUUUCCACUAAAAUGGCUAGAAUCUACCCACCCUCCCUGCACUCAAGGAGAUUGCUGUGCAGUGCAAGUGAAUGAAAGAAAGUGUCUGGAAAUGGAACUGUCCCAGGACGUACUGUAUGAAGCAGCGUGCAAGGGAAAGUGAGGAGAAGGCCCGCGACUCCAGACAAAGGAUUAGUAAAAGAUUUUCUAUGUUGAUUUAGUUGAGGACAGGGCAUGAACUGUGCGUAAGCGGUGUCAACAAUAGUUUACACUGAUUUUGCGUACAGUUUAUAAUUACACACUCUCUGAAGGUGAUCCUCCUCAGUCAUGGUCUGAAGCAAUUAUUAGUGUCACACACAAAGAUGGAACAGAUCCAACUCUUUGUAUGUCUUAUCACCCCAUCAGCUUUCUGUGUGUGGAUCUGAAACAAACCUGAACAGCAUUUAUUGCAAAUAGAAUUCAAAAACAUAUGAAGAAAUUAGUAAAGCCUCAAAAGCCUUCUCAGCCUGGAUGCUGAGAGGGCUUUUGGUCGGGCAGACUGGGCCUUUCUACAACAAACUCACAAAUAAAUGGGCUUUAAUGACACUUUUAUCAAUUGAUCCAAACUUCUUAUAAAAACCCCAGGUCACGAGUGAGGGUUAAUGGUCACUGCUCUGAAUUUUUUAGAGUCAUUGCCGGGGAUCUUCCUCUCAUGCCUCCCGUUUCGUAGUUUGCAAUCUCAGAAAAAUAUAUACUGUGGAUUACAAAUUUAUGGGAGAAACAUCAAAAAUCUAGACCCAGGUCCAAAAACUUUUCUAAGGAAAGGCAGAUCUCAGUGGAGCUUUGUCAAUCAGUGGAAUUAUUAAGUUCCUUCCAUCUCUGGCGGACGGAGGCUUUGUUAGGCCGGCUGAGAUGAAACUAAUCACUGCCAGCUGUUAAUAUAAAUAAUACAUAUAUCACCAUUGCCCAACUACUAAAACAAAUUUAACUGAUCAUCAGGGGACCAUUACAGGUACUUACAAAUAUAAGAUUACAUUAAAAAAACAUCAAAAGAUCAAAGAUCAACAGAGAACAUGUAAACAAAGAAAAACAUUUUAUUAAUUUGAUAGAAAAUUAUGGGGUUAAGAAAAAACAAAAAUGCCCUUGAUAUAUCAGAAGCUGUGGGUGGAUUUAUCAGCUAAUACUCAGCACAUAAAACAACAAUGGGGAAAUGAAAUUAAAUGUGACAUUGGCUAAUGAUUCAUGGAGAAAUUUUCAGGUUGUGACAUGGGGGUGGGCUGUGAACUUUGAAAGAAAUUUGACUGGGAAGUCAAGAUCAGAUAACUUCUUCAAAAUAUUUUCCGUUCAAGAACUGUGUUAGCCACAAGUGUUGGAGAAAUUGUGGUCUUACUGGUGAUCAGACACACAUAUUCUGUGACUGACCUCUUUAAAAAAACAUUUGGACUGAGGUAAAAGAAAUACAGGAGAAUUUAGUUAAAAUGAACCUCCAUAUGGGACCCAUUGCUAUUUUUACUGGACAUUCGUGACGGUCUCUCUCAGGACCAAUAAUUUGAUAUUCUUAUGACUGCGGGAAAAAUGAUAAUAUUUUGGUUGAAGCCUGAACCACCUGACAGUCGACAAUGGAUUCAAGAAUUAAACAAGUUUAAACAAGUUACCACCACGAAUACAGCUGAGGAGGGGAUCAGUCUUCACUCUUUUUGGAAACUGUCUAACCCUAACUAUGAGCCUUGAUUGUCUUUUUUUUUUGUUUUUUUCGUGUACUGUAAACACAAUUUGAAUUUGUGAUUAAUUAAUCUCAAUUAAUCGCAGUUUAAUGGUAUAAGAACAUUUGCCACAAGAAGCCAUAUUUUUCCAUUUGAAUGAAUUGGGUAUAUUACUGAUUCAAAUGAAGGACCCAUACAUACAUUUAAACAACAAAAUAUUGUUUAUCUUGCAUCAGUUUGGCAACACCACGAUUUUGGAUCUAAUGGGAAGUGUGCAUUUAUUAUACAACGUCAACAGCUGAGGACCAAUCAGACGAGGAUAGUGUAGCUGCGGAGUAAUCCAGAAUUCUGCGCUAUAUCAAAGUUCCUCCAGGCGAAGAAGAACAAGGUGCACCAGGACUGGCCAGCUCCGUCACCAGACAUGAACAUCAUUGAGCAUGUCUGGGGUAGAAUGAAAGGGGAAGCAUGGAAGACUAAACAAAGAAGGCUGAUGAACUCUGGGAGACAUGUAAGACUUUCUUUGCCAAAUUUAUUUGGGGGAUAUUCAACCUAAUGUGGGUAGGUUUUAGCUUUCAUAUGAACUAUUUCUCAAAUCAAUGGAACAACUAAAACUCAAGCAGUUGUUUCUACAAUAGAUACACAGACGGGACUGUGUAGUGUUUUGCUGGUGUUUUGGGUCCUUCGUGCCUCAGUUUACAAGUGCAAGAUUCAUCACUGCGUUUUUGAGUUAAGCAACUUUCUCACUGCACAGAAAAUAGUGGGACAAUCCCGACCACAAGCCAAGUAAAAUCGUAUAAAUCACAUGAAAGGGUAAAAGUGCGAUCUGCAAACAUGCGCAACGACCCACCCAAGUACAGGUAUUGAAUGGCUCCACCUCAGAUUUCUCUAACCAAAUCAGCAAGACACUUGUCCAUGACACACAACAUGAAUCACAUUUGGUCAUUCAUUCACAAAUGUAUUUAUAGUAAAGUGCUUGUACUCAUCCACAUAACCAUCUAUCACAGAGUUGUCAACUAUCAAGAGACUUUGAGAUGCCAUCAAUAAAGUUGGACACAUCUGUCUCGGAAAAGGAAAACCACAAAAAAGGAGCAAAAACAACAAGUUCUUCAAUUAAAAUGAUGAAAAGUGUUGUUGAGUGAGUAAGCCGACUGAUUAUGAGUAAAUAGACUGCGAUAUACAGUAUAGGGAGACCCCCAUGUAGUCAGGGUCAUUACACUGGGGAGAAUAAAGCCAACCUAAAAUAAACUCAUCAACCCCGUAAAGGCACAAAUCAAAUCAAAGUCAUACCAACACAGUCACAAGUCAUUACUAUAACAUCCAUUAGCAUUAGUCAUGAUCUCCAUACAACAGCUUCCAGGGGACCACGUGAAGACUCUUUCUUUCAACAAAAUGCUAAUCUCCAGUGUGGUCAACUGGAGAGGGAGCAUGAUCCAGAGGAGUUUGCACACACAAGCGGCUCUGUCAGUUAAGGUGUUGGGAAGAGUGAUUGGUCUUUGUCUUUACUGACAGUCAGCUAUGUGUUGCAACACUUUCAUUACAAAUGGACAUCAGUGACUGGCUGCCACAUUUGCUCGGGUACUGCUGCAGCACCAGCAGGCGAAAACCUUGAUGUGAAAAUGUACUACCUUUCUAGCAUCAAUUCACAUUCAUAUAUGUUUCAACUCAGCAAAUGCAUGUAACGUUGAUGUUGUAGUCACAUAAGAAGUAGACCCAAAGUUAGCUCUUACGAAUGCAAGUGUGAAAAUAAAGUAAUUUGUAAGUAAUUAAACAAUAGAAUUAAAAUGAUGCUGUGAUGUGUAGAAGAUUAUUAUUGGUUAAUUCAAUCGAUGCAAACAAAAGAUUAAUCAGAUCCAAACUUUAGUUUCGUAACAUUUUUUUUAAUUAUUACACAAAAAACUUUUCCUACCUCGUCAAGGUCAGAGAUGUAGACUGGUUUCUCUUGAAAGCCAAUGGGCAUUGGCUCGUUCGGCGGGAUCACCACCUCUUCAUAGAUUUUAUUGUUCUCCCUGCCAAUCCCCUCAGGCAACAUCAUCUGUGGGGCAAAAAAAAACCACACACCAAAAAGUGAAUGACUGUCUCUUUGGUCCUCAUAACUUUUGACAACAUAAUUCAGGAUAGCAUCUUUGUAAGCCAUUUAGAUUAUCUGCUGCAAGAAAAUCAAGAAAAGUCCAUGAUGUUGGGGUAAACUUUUGCACACCUUCAUGAGUAUAUGGUCUAGCAACAGAUUAUGUACAGCAGCAUCUUUAGGUGGGUUUCGGACUUACUCUGGCUCCUCCAACAAACGCAGGUGAUUUGGCAGCCUCAGAGUAAGAGUCAAAGACAUUGGGAUACCGAAUCUGUUUGUACACCCGCUCCCUGGUCAGCACAGGUUCUUGACGUGCUGUCAGCAGGGCUUGCUCUCUAUAAAACAAAAAGCAAUUGAAGAGCAGGAUGAACACAUUUCAGAGUGAAGAAGAACCGAGACUUGAUUUCAGGGAUUUUAUUUUGAUUGAAUUUAGUUUCCGUGAAUACUAAUGUUUACAUGUAGUGCACAAUAAUUAAAGGUUAUACACAUUCUUUCAUAAAAAUGGUUCCUACUCACUCAUUUGCUAAAGAGAACAGUAUUGUUUGACAUUAUUGUAUUGUAUAAUUUGCUUCUAUGAACUGUUGACAUUAGGCCAAGCUUGCAUAUAUAAUUAUAUGGACUUGGUUUUCUAAUAUCUGCAGAUCAAUUAUAACUCCCACAAUCCAUGACAAGAAAGUGAGCCACCGAGAACAGAGUAGCAGCUCAACUGAUCUAAGCUUGAGCUGUCCUGAUUUUUUCUUUACACAUAGAGACAAAGACAUGAAAUGUGCAAGAGAAAACAAACAAGAAAGACAAUGGGGAAAGUUGGUAUACCGCUGAGUUCUCAUCUCUCUCGGGUCAAAGACCAGAAGACCCUCGGCAGCAUCGAUCUCGUCAGCUCCUUUCCCUUUCUUCUUUUCCCUCUUCUCCUCCCUGCGGUACAUUUUCAGCAACUGCUUCUCCUGCUCGGAAAGAAUGGUCACCUGGCACCCGAAGGCUGGUUUGGACAUUUCACCAACUUUCCGGCCACCAUCUUAAGAGAACAAAAUAUAAAUAUGACACUGUAAGUGUUACAACUUGGAAAAGUUUUUUUUUUUUUUUUCCCAAUAGACACCAGUCAAGACUACACAAAAGAUUAGGGCAAUACAAAGAAAAAUAAAACAUUAUAUGAUUGAAGUUUUAAUUCAGGAUUGCACAUCAUUCAUACCAUCAUCCAUUGUGUGAGUUCCAGGAAAAUGAUUGGUACUAUAGAUGUCAUAGAUGUGAUAAAUGGGGGAAAUGAACAUUUAGGUAUGCAUUUUCAAGAAUAAUGCAUAAAUAUAGUUCUUUCUCAUUCCAAGCUAAAAAUUAAUUAAGUGACAUCUGCUCAGAUGACACAGCAGAAGAUGCAGUUGGAGCUGGAUUAAAAUAUCCAACUGAACCCAACUUAUUCCACCACUGGUCAACACCCAAGUAUGACCCUCAACUGACAGUAAUCCAACGUCUGAAAACGUAGAAGAGAU